AUGCGCGUGCUUACCGAGUACCGCCCUGCUAAAGAAGCUGACCAGAGAGCAUCCGGCACCGCACCCGUCAUCCACAAGACCUCUUCCGGGUUUGUCGCCACAGAUGAUAUCCACGUUGUUGGUGGCCCAAAGGCCCGCAAGCGACCAUUCGAGUCCAUCGCUAGAUCUGAAGUGCCUUCGAGCAAUCGCGAUGCUCGGUCUUCGGCAAACAGGGAUGGUGAGGGCGAGAUCCGGCCGGCGCGCAAGUUUACCAAAUUCGUCGACUACAACUUCAGUGCCAUGACGGACACAAAGGGAGGCUUUUUGUCAACGGAAGACGAUCCCUGGAACAAUGCCCUGUCUAGCGAUAGGCCUGGCCAGCCCGAGCCCGAGCAGAAGCCGAAAAACAUGACGGCGGCGGAGUGGGAGAGGCUACAACUAAUAAGAAAGCUACAACGCCAAAAGGCUGGCCCCUUCGAGCCUGGGUUGAGUGUCCUGACAGACGAGAAGGAGAGGAAAAAGUGCCGAGAGUGCGGUAGCCUCGAGAUUGACUGGGUCUGGGAGGAGGUGUUCAGUUGCUGUGUUUGCAAUUCGUGCAAGGACAAGUUCCCGGAGAAGUACAGUCUUCUCACCAAGACCGAAUGCCGGGAUGAUUACCUCUUAACAGAACCCGAGCUCAAGGAUGCCGAUCUACUACCACAUCUCUCGCGACCGAAUCCCCACAAGUCUCACUGGCACGACAUGAUGCUGUUCCUACGAUACCAGGUGGAGGAAUAUGCCUUUGGCACAAAGUGGGGGUCGGCUGAGGCGCUGGACGCCGAGUUCGAACGACGCGAGACGGACAAGAAGAGGCGGAAGGAGGCCAAGUUCAAGGAGAAGCUGAACGACCUGAAGCGCAAGACACGGGUCGAGGCGCACCGGCGAGGGACGGGCAACCUGGCAGGCGGCGCGACCAAGUUUGGAGAUGCAGUGGGUACCGGCGGCCGACAUGUUCAUGAAUGGGGUCGGGCUGUCGAGAACGAGGAGGGCAUCACGGUCAAGACGUGUAGCACCUGCGGAAUGGAGGUUGAAGAAUUGGAGUUCUAG